AUGGCUUUCAAGUUCUCUCACUUAAAUGUUCUCCUCAUACUUCUAUGGUUAUCCUUACUCUUAUUUCUCUUCCAUCAUCAGUACUUCAUCAAUAACACCUCCCAGAAACAAUUCGCAGAAGAAUGUUUGGCCUCUCAUGAUCACUCUUUGAUAAUCAGAGGAAGAGGCAGAAAGACUCUGGCCAUCAAAUUUGACUUCUCUCCAAUUCUCAAGCACCACCACCACCACCACCGCGAGGAACACUCGUCGGAGACUGAGCCGGCGGCAAGAGAGAUCGACCCGCGUUAUGGCAUCGAAAAGCGGAAGGUCCCAACGGGUCCAAACCCAUUACACCAUUAA